AGCAUGACGGCAGUUUUGCAUUCCUUCAGUGUGGUUUGCAGUAAUCGGGCGUUCACUUACAAACAUGGCCACACAGUCUCUAACAUUGAACAAUGGCCAUAAGAUGCCUCUUGUGGGGCUUGGCUCCUGGCAGGUUACCUCUCCCGAGGAGUGCAAGGACACUAUCCGUGCGGCACUGGACGCUGGCUACAGACACAUUGACACAGCCUACGCAUACCAUAACGAGGCUUUCAUUGGGGAGGUGCUCCAGGAAUACUUCAAGGCCGGGAAACUGAGGAGGGAGGACAUUUUUGUUACAACAAAGCUUUGGGUGACCUACCAUGAGAAAGACCGAGUUCCCCUGUGCAUCGUUGAAAGCCUUAAGAAGUUACAGUUGGACUAUGUGGACAUGUAUCUUAUCCACCUUCCUGUAGGACUGAGAGAAACAGGCAAAGGAGAACCUUUCCCACUGGAUGAAAACGACAAACCUGCAUUCCAGGAUGUUCUCCUGACGGAUACGUGGAAGGGGAUGGAACAGGUGGCUCGUAGUGGCCAAGCCAAGUCUAUUGGUGUCUCAAAUUUCAACAUGGAACAGACUGAGAGGAUAUGCAAGAUAGCUGAAAUAUUACCAGCCACAAACCAGGUUGAGUGUCAUUUGUAUCUCCAGCAAGAAAAGCUGUUUCAGUUUCUCAAGGAAAAGGGGAUAACUGUUACAGCCUACAGCCCUCUCGGUUCACCAACUCGACCAGCUCACAUGCUGAAGGAAGGAGCUCCCAGAGUUCUAGAUGACCCAGUUGCUAAGGAUCUGGCCACAAAGUAUAAAAGAUCUGUAGGACAGAUUCUCCUCCGCUAUCUUGUCCAAAGAGGCAUGAUUGUUAUCCCGAAGAGCAGCAAUCCUUCAAGAAUUCUGGAAAACGUGAAGGUUUUCGACUUCGAACUGUCUGGCGAGGAUAUGUCAAAGCUUUCAGCUCAAGACAAGAAACUGCGUUUUUUAACCUUCUUGGAAUUCAAAGGUCACUCAGAAUACCCCUUUGACGAGCCUCUCUGAAAUGGGAAAUCGCAAAACGGUUCCGAGAAGUCCUUCAUUUGGACACAAAUAUCAAUAGUCUUUUCCUAGCAGUAUAUUCAUAUAUAAUAUGAACCUUCAUAUAUUAACCUCGUUGUUUAUUUAAGUGUGUAACACAUUUUCAACUUUUUUCGGAAGUUGCGAAGUCACUCUACAAAUACAGAACAUGUACAAAGAGAUAAUUCUACUUUUACCAUAGUGGACUAUGUAAGUAUGUGCAGUACGUUGAUAACAAGAGAAACAAUCCCUUCUGAAAGCUUGUGCAUUGUGCAACUUCAAGUAUAGUUCAUUCAGUUGUUGAAAACAUUUUAGUAACUUUGAUCUUCUCGGGAUUAACUCGCACUAUGUAAACAUCCCUGAUGUGUUUUUAGCCAUUUAAAAAAUACACGCAUGUAUAAAUAUAGAGUUAGUUACGGUUUUCUAUCUAAGGCUUGAACAGAUCAUUUCUCAUGAGGGAAAAGUAAUAGAUUGGGUCCAUAGCAGAGAAACUAGGUUCAAAUUUACCGGCCUACAGAGAGGAUCGUACCUUUAAAUCUGAAGAGUGUGGGCAGGCAAUUAAGAAAUGGCAUUCUUCUUCAGUAUCAGUUAGAUUGCAAUGUUUACAUAUGCGAUUCUGUAUGUGAGUUACGUGGCGAGUAUAACGACCAAGUACAAUUUAAAAACGAAGUGUACUACAUCAUGGUUUAGCUUAGGUAGUGAGUAUGUAGUUUUUAAAAAAAAAGUUUUUAUAUUUUUAUUGGUUCCCAAGAUUAUAAUAUCGCAUAUAUACAAAGCCGUGACACAAACGGCUUUAAUUGAUGCUGCUACAUGAUGUACAGGUAUGAUAUCAAUAUAUAAAUAUAUUCAUAAACAUGCAUAAAUCUUUGCCAUUAAAUGUACAGAUGAUGUCAGGUACAAAUCGAUACAGUUUAGAGUCAUCUAAGUCUGGGGAAAGAAGGCUCCAUUUUUGAUUGAAAUUAUUUAUUUUAUUAUUUUUGUUGAUAUAUGAUUUUCCACAAAGUAUAUUUCCUUUAGAGUUUUUAUAUAUAAAGUUAGAUUUGGAAGCAUAUAUUUAAUGCUGAAUAUGUGAAUAUGUCUCUUCGCGGCAAUGAUGAUGUGAUUUUGUAUUCUAUUUUCAUGUGAGUACCAAACCAAACCAUGUUUUUAUAGUAUCAAUGGAUGGGGAUAUAAAUUGUUAUGCAGUGGGUAUGUAGUUGUUUACAUUAAGGUCCGAGGGAGUUGUCACCCCCAGGACCCGUUACACCAUUCUGUUGCUGGCUGGUGGGUCGAAACUUAGUCUCACAAGUCGGGAAAUAUGGGUCAGCUUGGCUCUUGCUCUGGCUUUCCUCUGGUUUUAAUGCACAAAGCGUAUAAGCUCGGGUAGUGUAUUUUAUAGCCUUGCUCCAAGGAUUUACUGAAUGGAUGUAUAGUAAUUCUAUCCUUUGAAGAGGCAAAUCCAGAUUAGCGGACAGUACAAGGACGCCAGACUGUUAUUCAUAGUUUUUUUAGAAAUUUUCAUUUAAACUAUUUAUUUUUACUUUAUAUACUUGUGCAAGUCUAUAUAUUUCACAGGCCUUCUUUACAGUAGUUAGUAAACAGCUAAUCUUAUCAGCACUGUCACGCACCAUUUUCUUGAUACAAGUCAACAUGUGUUUGUUUGUUUGUUUGUUUAACUUUAUCGAAUCAAUAAUAAUGUGUGUUUGUACCAAUUUUAUCAACACCUUUGUCUCAGAGGCACAGCUUCGUGACAUAUGUUUAUGAACCAAAUAAUUGUGAUACCCGGUGUACCUGUAAAGAUUAACGUAGCUCGGCCUACCUAUGGUAAACGUCAUAAACACACGAAAAGGCAUGUCAGUUGUUCACCUGAGAAAACAGGGGAACAUGACUGAAGUCAACAUAGGGAAUUGAGGCAUUUUGGGCAAUAAUGCGUCAAAUUGGAAAUGAACGCUUCAUGAUUACCUUUGAUAUAAAUGAAUUUCCUCUUUUCGAUAUGCUGUGUUGACUUUUUUAAUUUACUGAUUAAAAUCUUAUCCCCUGUGCA